AUGUCGCAUUUCCAAGACUGGACUCCAGUGGUAUUGAAGAAAACCAGUCCAGGGGGAGGGAAAAGAGUAUCUAAAGAAUCAGAAGUCAACAAGGCGCGCAGGGCCGGGGAAGUGAUAGAAACUGAGAAGAAAUUUCUGGGCGGUCGGAACAAAGCUACGAAGGCUGGUUUGAUCCCGAACGCCAAGAAGGUUGAGGAAGACACCGGCGACUACCACAUUGACCGAGUCUCGACUGACUUCUGCCGCGCUUUGGCAGAGGCUAGGAGGAACAAGGGCAUGACUCAGGCCCAGCUAGCGCAGGCGAUCAAUGAGAAGCCCUCAGUUGUUAGCGAGUAUGAAAGUGGGAAGGCCAUUCCGAACGGGGUUAUUUUGCAGAAGAUGAGCCGUGCGCUGGGUUGUCAACUGCCGAAAUGCACACAGAAGAAGAGGGUUGCGGAUGAGUGA